AUGCCCCGCCCGAAGCCCACUCCCCGACGGCGCGGCCGUCCCCCAACCCCCCCAUCGUUCCGGCCGCGGGCACGCAGACGCCGCCCGGGUCAGCGGGUAUUGCAGGAGAUCCGCAGGUACCAGAGUACCACCCGCCUGCUGCUGCGCCCCGGCCCCUUCGCCCGGCUGGUCCGAGAGCUCUGCCUACUCUUCACCCGGGGAGUGGAUUACCGCUGGCAGCGCAUGGCCCUGCUGGCACUGCAGGAGGCAGCAGAGGCCUUCAUUGUACGGCUACUGGAAGAUGCAUACCUGUGCUCGCUGCACGCCCGCCGAGUCACCCUGUUCCCCAAGGAUCUGCAGCUGGCCCGGCGCUUGCGGGGACUUGAGGGGGGGGGCAUCUGAAUGGGGACCCCCCUGAGCCCCUGCACAGAGACUCGACCUCUGUACCAGGACCCCCACCCUGGGCUCUCCCCUGACAAUCUCACACCUUUAAUCUUAGUGGGGACCUUAUGGGACGAUCAUGCUGAGACACCCCCCCCCCCCCAUGGGGUCCCUCAAGCUGAGGCCCUCUCCUGACAUGCCUAAUCUGAUUUGGGAUCCACCUCCCCAAGAUCCCCCAUGUGGACCCACUCCACAGACUCCCCCCUAUUGGAUCCCCACCUCAGGAUUCCCAACAACCCAUUCAGGGACCCAUCCCAGGGUGGAGGUCCCCUUCCUUAGUCCAGCACCCCUGAGAUUAUUGAGGACUCCUAUCCAUGAUCCAUCCCCCUGGGAUCCCCUCACCAGAAUGCCAGUCCCAGGGGAAUCUACCCAGGAGCUCC